UCAAUCAUAACGUCGCAGGUCGUUUCCCAAAGCUUGGCCGCAGUUCACUAAAUUGGUCUUCUACAGAGUUCAUCGAUGUCUGACAAGUUUUGUAUGAAUAGAAGAAUGGAUCUAUUCUUCAUAGUUUUAUUCAUUUUGCAGUCUAAUGCAUUUGUAUCAGGUUUUUGGUUCAGCCGACCGGAAGUUUGCUAUGACCAUAUAGGAUGUUUUAGCAAUGCAGCUCCAUAUGAUAACGCGAAUGGUAGACUACCAGAAUCUCCGGACCAUAUUUUAACAGAAUUUUUAUUAUAUACACGACAAAACCCAACGGAUGAGUUUCUACUGAAUGCGUUUGAUGUGUCAAACAUCAGCCAUUCACAUUUCGAUGGAAGUAAGCAAACAGUAUUUAUCAUUCAUGGUUACAACGACUACGCUACCAGUGAUUUGGUUCAGGCUAUGAAAGAAGAGCUUCUAAAAAAGGAUGACUUGAAUGUUAUUGCAGUAAACUGGGAAAAAGGAGCAGAUAACCUUAUCUAUGCAAAGGCUGCGGCAAACACGCGAGUCGUUGGGGCUAUUAUUGGGGAACUUUUGAAAAAUCUUCAUUCUACAGGACAUUCAAGUUACAGCAAAUUCCAUCUUGUUGGACAUAGUUUGGGCGCCCACAUUUCUGGAUAUGCUGGUGCCAUCGUAGACGGAAGAAUAGCAAAAAUAACAGGACUUGAUCCAGCUGGGCCCUGCUUUGAGAAUCAAGACCCGAUAACACGAUUAGACCCAUCUGAUGCUCAUUACGUAGAAGUUAUACACACUGAUGGAUCUUCUCUUAUACAAUUAGGUUUUGGAUUAGAUAAAGCAAUUGGUCAUGCUGACUUUUAUCCAAAUGGAGGUGUAAAUCAGCCUGGUUGUUCAAGAAAGUUUCGUCUCGCCACGUUCAGUUUAAUAACUGGUAGAAUUGGACGGUUUACAGCAACACUAGCAUGCAGUCAUAUGAGGUCUUUCGACUUGUUUACAGAAUCUAUCAACUCACAAUGCGCCUUCAUUGGAAAACCUUGCGACACGAAAGAGGACUUUGAUGCCGGCCUUUGCACCGGAUGUGGAAAUGGUUGUGCUGAAAUGGGAUAUAAUGGUCAACAAGACGGCCACGGAAAAUAUUACUUCUCAACGAAUUCAGCCGCGCCAUUUUGUGAACAAUAACGUUUUGUAAUAACCUGUCUUUAUAAAUUGUGAGUUGUUUUAGUCCAUUUAGCAGCUAUUAUCAUGACCAUGAUAUGUCAAAUAGUUGAUUAAUUAAAAUAUAGUUUCUUCCUAUUUUUAAUUGACAUACUAGUAAUAAGAAAGGUAAUUGAGAUCAGUAUUGAAUAUGCACUCGGCAGAAUUUAAAAAGACAUACGAUAGAGAGGGAGGAAAAAGGGGAUUUGGUAGUUGUGGUUACACCGGACAUCGACCAAGCUUUAGACAUUGUAUUGUCUAGCAUAUAUCUCUCUCUCUAGUAAAUAUAAACAUAACUUAUUUGCCUAUUUGUAUCCAUUAAACUUAUCUCAUUUUGUGCCUGUGUAAACAUUGUAUGAUUUGAUAUUGAUUGCUCGAAAGUGUUUCUGAAUUGCAUUCAGCAAUAUGAAAAAAUUGUUUUUGUAUAUAUUUGUGUUAUUUCUUAUCACAAUAGUGCUGUAUAUAGUAAUUCUAUGAAAUUCUGCUUAAAUUUUAAUCAAAUAUUUUCAUCUUGUAUUGUAUAGUAUUCGUGAGAAUGAUGUUGGUAUUAUAUUUCAUAUGAAUCAGGAUGAUUAUUUUUUAAAAAUAAUAAACAAAAUUCUUAUUUUC